AUGCUUCAUGUUUACGAUACGAACAAUGAUGACAACGGCGGUCAUCCGAAACCUUCAAGAAAAAAUCAGCUGAAUUGUCAUGGCAUUUUUGUAACCAGUGAAGAUUUAAAUAAUUCACUUCAAACAUUGUCAUCUUCAGUUGGUUCGCAAAAAGUUUAUUUGAAACCUUUACCUAACGAAAAUGAGAUGUUAAAUUCUAGAAUAUUGAAUGAUGAUAAAAAACGACUACCAAAAGCUGAACAUUCUGCUCUGUUACCAUUCUCAUGUAAUGUUAACUGUUCAACACCUUCACCUCCAUUAUCUACCGAAUCUACACACAAUAAUAAUAAUAGUUAUUUAGAGUUCGCAUCUCAACCUACUUAUACUGCUGCUACUCUACAACGAAACUCUUCCUAUUCACCAACUGACAGCAAAAGUUACACUAUCAAAUAUACUGGUAAUUCUACUCAUUCAACAAUCACUCCAAUUAAUGAACAAGAAAAUAAUCGACAGUCAUCACAACAUCAAAAACCACAUCGUCAACGUCGACAACACCAUCAUGCGAAUCGUAGUUCUUUUCAUCGGCAUAGUGUAUUACGUCAAUCACUCGGUGGUAUUAAUGUAUUAACUCAUCAUACAAAUGCAAUACAUCAAGAUUCAUCUGAACCAGACAAUGAAAUAUCACCUAAAAGUUAUGACAAUAAUGUUGAGGAUAUCAGAAAAUGUACACCUAAACGAGUGGAUAGCAAAUUCAGUGAUUAUCUAUCAUCAUCAACAUCAUCGAUUCAUACUAACAGCAGUAGUAAGUCUUUGAAGAAUCCUAAUCACCGUCAUCAUCGUCAUAACGAUGUUGUUGAUGACUAUCAACUAAAAACAUUCCGUCUAUCAAACUUACCAUCAUGGGAUCAUUUAAAUUAUGCAUUGAAACCUUUUACAUCGAAUCAUCAUGGUGGCGAAACAAAAUUUAAAGGAUUUCGAUUAGUUCACAAAGUUAUACAAUCGGAAUAUUGUCUACCUCGUGUACAUAUUAGUAGUUAUAAUAAUAAUAAUAAUAAUAAUAAUCCAUUUCAAUUGGAUGAUAUUAUUGUCAGUGUGAAUAAUCAUAAAUUAUCGACAAUGUCCGAAACAGAAGCAUUACAAUAUGUAUAUAAUGCAUUUAAAGAUGCACAACAUUAUACUAUUGAUGUAGACAUUCUAAGAUCAUCUUUAUCACCAAGAAAAUCUUUGAAUAAUGAAUCAUCUACAUUACUCAAACAAUCCUUGAUAACUCGUCAAAAAUCCGAUUCUGGUUAUUCAAAUUCUUUCGAAGUGAAUAUUCCUUCGAAUCCACAUCGACCAAGAAGACGACGAGAAGGUGGAUGUACAAAUUAUUCAUCUUGUGAAAUUACUCCAGAACGUUCACCUUACAAAAACGACAAGAAAGAACAAAAAGAUCGUACUUUAUUGAUCCGUAAUACCAACAUAACCAAUUUAAGUCGUUUAAGCCUUAUGGAUUAUCCUGAUUCGCCUACUGUAGGCCUUAAAUCACGUCAAAUGUCAGCUGUUGACAGUGUUUCUCGUAAUUACAGUGAUAACAAUCAUGGUGUCGUUGAUUAUGAUGAUAAAAUUAAUACAGCAACAUUUGCCUCAUCAUUGUGCAGUAGUAAUCUGGCAGACAGUGGAUUUGUGACAAUACGUCGACCAAAACAACCUUCACGUUUAACAAUAAUGAAUAGUGAUAGUGGUGAUGUUGCAAAGAAUCGAUUUUCUUUAACUAGUGCUGAGUUUCACUCUUCUCUUGAUAAUAGUAAUAAUAAAACAAGAAAUUCACCAAAACAUGUAUCACCACAAGUCGACACCAUUGGUAAUCAACAUCUUGAUAAUAAUCGUUCAAAUUCUCGCACACUUACACCUCACACCGCAGGAGUUACAUCACCAUGUAUUCCAAGGAGAUCGUUAAAUAUGUCAACCAAAGAUCCAAAUGCAUUCAAUACUCGAACUAUUGGUCAAACAAUGCAUAUUCAAUUAACAAAAAUGUUAACUACCGGUCUUGGUUUCACAUUGACUAGUCGUGAUACACAAACACAAAGUUCACAAAUGUCUGAUCCAGUGUAUGUAAAAAAGAUUUUACCCGAUGGCGCUGCUAUACAAGAUGGACGUUUAUUGGCCGGUGAUCGUCUAUUGGCUAUUGAUGGUGAAGAAGUUCGUUCAUUAAAUCAAGUUUUAUCACAGUUACGAUCAUUGACACCAGGGAAACAAGUGGAUUUACUUAUAUCUCGACAAAUUUCUUGUGAUUUAGAUUCGAAUACUCGAAAAUCUUCACAUAAACACUUACCUCCACGUCCAUUUAUGACUUGUACCUUUGAAUAUCAUCUUCCAUUGGAUACUACUACUAAUCAAUCAGAUACUAUAAAAGGACCUCCAGUAUUAGGAAUCAAUUUCAAAUGGUCUAAUGAUAUUUUAAUAUCACCAUUAUCAUCUUCAUCCCCCUCAUCAGCACAGUCAGUAACUACAAGACCAGCUUCUCCAUCUCAGUAUUCUCCUAUACCAGGUUUAUAUAUCGAUAGUCUUCUACCUGAUACUCUUGUUACUUCAAAUAAUCAUGUGACUGUAAAAACUGGCGAUCGUCUUGUUGCAAUUAAUGAAGAAUCUGUAGAUGGAAUGAAUGCUAAAACUAUUGUAAAUAAGUUGAAAAAUGUUAUCAAACAAUGUCAUGAGCGAAAUAUUAGCAGCUCUGGACAAUCAUCAGCCUCAUUCACUCUCACUGUUCAUCGAUAUAAAAAUCAAAAUGAUCGUCGAUCAAGUGUUGGAGAUACAUUGAAACCAUCUUCUGCACAUCCACCAAGUUGUAGACAUAUUAAAACAACACGUGGUGAAGCAUUAGAAAAGGGUCAUUCUGGUCACCAUGAACAUAGUAAAUUGAAUAGCCCAUCUGAUUCACAAGAUACUUGUUCAUUAUCAUUUACAUUAAAUGAUAAUCGUCGACGUCUGUUACAUAGAUCUGAUUCAAUAUCAUCUGAAAUUGGAUCACAUAUAUUGCAUUAUGAUUAUCAUGGAGAUUCUCAUUCACAUUUAUCUAGUCAAAAAUCAGAUAUUUAUGAAGAUAAUCAUCUAUUAUCAACAGAAUCAUCAUUAAAAGUAAAUUAUUCCACAUCAAGAAAUUUAUCAGUACCAUCUAAUAGAAAUUUUUUACGUGAUGGAUUUGGACGUCGUAGUGUUUCAGAAAAACGUCAUGGACAUGUGGAUGCUUUACAAUAUUCAUUUUUUCAAACAAAUAUUCUUCCUAAUCGUUAUAAAAUGCCAGAAGAUGUUGAUAAACAAUAUUCUACUAUGCCAACAACACGUCGACUUAAAAUGCAUAAAGCUCGAUUGGCCGCUGCUGCUGCUACUACUACUACUACUACUACUUCCAAUAUAGAUUCAUAUUCCUCAAUUAGUGGAGGUCUAUUGUUUAACAAUUCAAUAUCAUGUACAAGCUCAGGUCCUUUAAAAGCAUUACAUCCAUUAGACAAUGUACUACCACAAUCUUUACCAAAUACAUCUUACCGAGAUCCAGAGGAAAUAGACAUCGAGUCUCAGCUAGAUCAACCACCAAUUCUAAGAAAUCGAAAGCAAAAUACUAGUUUCCGUCAUGCUGUAGAUCGUUCAUUUUACCCUACUUCUACUACCACUACUACUGCUGAUACUACUACUACUACAUACUCUCCAUCAUCUUCUGCUCCCCCCAUACCACCACAUCGUCCACGUAGUGAAAGCGGCACUCGUGACAAGUUGUCUAAUAAUUCUCAGCAUAAAAAUUCCAGUAAAACGAAAAACUCCAAUCCUUUGCCGGAAAAAUCCACAUGUUCUAUUUUAUUCUCUUCUUCUCCUUCAGUUUACAAAACAAUUGAUAAACCUGAACGUGCUCAUUCGAAAUCUCGUCCAGAAAUUCAUUCAAAUAAUUCUGUCUUAGUCAAAGAUUCAAAGUCAUCAUCACAUUCUAUUACAAAUAAUAAUCUUCCUACUGAACAAAAACAAAGUAAAAGUGGACGAAUAAGUUUAAAAAAUCUCUUCAGAAUUGGUAAUUCGAAAACUGAAUCAGAAUUAAAUAGUGAAUAUUUAUUACAUAAUUCUGAUCAAUCUAAGGCACUAUCGGAGACAUCAUCUAAUCUAUCUAAAAAACAAUUAAGACGCCUUUCAGUUCCAGAAUAUCAAUUUACUGGUAAUCUUUUAACAUCAACAAAAUUAAUCGAUAAAAUUCAUAAGAAUAACAGUUAUACCAAUCCUCCUCCUCCUCCUCCUACUAUUCCAUCUGUUCAGCAAAUUGUUAAUCAUUCAUCUAGUCAGUCCAAAUUAUCCAACACUACUCAUUAUAUAGAUUCUAAUAUAAUUUGUAAUGAUUCCAUGUACAAAACAAUAUCACCGAAUAUAAUGCAUAAUAAUCAUAAUAAUUACAAGACUAUCUCUGUAAAUCAUCCAUAUUGUCCUCCACCUGAUAUUAGUCCACCUCCGUUACCACCUCGUGUUAGUUAUACAACACCACCUAUAUUAACAACAAAAUCGAAUCAUUCCAAAAUGAUUAAAUAUCGUCCAUUGCCAGAAGAACGAUCUAAUAAUUAUCCUAUAUUUAGUAAUGAGACAAAAAAGAAUAGACACAAAAAAUCAUCACAAUCAAUUACUACAUCUAUUGUCUCAUCCCAUUCAGCUACUCAUCAAUCAUUAUCAUUAUCUCCAAAAAUAACUUCAACAACUUCAUCUCCGGCUUAUUGCUUAGCAUUAAAUACUAUUGAACCAACUGUAUUAUCAACAAGUAUUAAAAAAUCAAAUUCUGGUCAUGAUGACAAUAAUGCAUUAGUAACUAACGACAAUUCUCGUGGUCGUCGUCGCCGUCAUCAUCAUCAUUAUGAACAUCAUAAAAAUUCUAACCAACAGGAUGGUAUUCUCUCCGAAAGUUCCAUUAAAUCCCAGACACCUGCUAUUUACAUGAAUUCUAAGCAGAUAAGUAAAGAUUAUAAAAAGUCUACUCCAUCUCCUCAUCGUUCACGUUCAACACAUGCUCAUCUACCAUUGAAUAAAAGUCAACAUAAUCAUCAUGAUAAUAUAACAACAACAACAACAACAACAAACACAUUAGCAACAAUAAUGUCAACAACAAAUUCACCUGAAUCUAUUCAUUAUUAUCAAGCACCAUUAGUUUCUAGUCAUUCAGCUAUGUCAACUCCUCGUCAUCAUCGUCGUUUACAAGAUGGUCGAAAAUCAGAAUAUUAUAUAAAUAAUAGAAAACAACAAAUCACUAUGCAAGAAGCAUCAUUAAUAGUCUCAUUUCCAAUGGAUAAAUUAAUUACACCGAAACAUUCAUCAAUUCAUCAUUAACAUUAAUGGGUUAUCUACAUUAUCCAAUAUAUUAACUUACUUACAAUCUUUUGUGCACUAUAAUUUCCGGUUGUUUUUCUUGAAUUGUCAAGAUACAAUCAACUAACAAUUGUGUAUAUUCAUUUUUAUAUAUUUGGUUACUUGCAAAAAUAAAACCCCCACUGCCCCCCCCCUCCUCCACCGCCUCUCUCUCUCUGCCCUGCUCAUUAUUUUGAUACGUUGACUAUUUAUAAAUUUAUUUUUAAUAAGACUGUUAUAUUCAGUCUUAUUUGUAAAACAUGAUAUAUACAUACAUAUCAACGGCUAAAAUCUCAAGAAUUCACUUUGUUUGUUUGUUUGUGUGUGUGUAUGUGUGUGUAUCCCCCCACCUCUUCUUGAUCCUGAUCUGGAAAUUGUGCCUUAAAGUUUUAUAAUUAAAUUUGUGUUAUUAUUAUUAUUAUUAUUGUUCUUGUCGUUAUGCUUAGUUAGUAGUGUAUUAUCACAUAACCACUGAUAUCAUUUUGGAUAUAUUCUGUCUUAUUUUUAUAAGCAUAAAACAUACAUAUCAUCAUCAUCAUGAUCAUGAUCAUUAACAACAACAACAACAAGACGAAGACUAUUUUACUCUCGAUACUCUGUUGAGAAAUAUGAAAUAGUCCAUUGUAUUUGCUAGUUCUACUCACUCAUCUUGUAUUGAUUUGUUUGUUUGUUUGUGUGUGUGUGUGUGUAGUGAAUUUCAGAUCUCAAGUAACAUAAUCAUGCCUUUUAUUGAGUUUUUCUCAAAUGAUAAUCAAAUGUGAAAAACAUUUUGUAUUUUGAAUCAUUGUUCUUCACACACACACACACAUACACAUACACACAUUCUCCCACCCUUUCUUUAAUAUACAUAUACAUAUCAUAAUGAUUAUGUAAUAAGAGUAAUAGUGUGUACAAAGUGUUUUUUUUUGUAUGUGUACUUACUUUUAAUGUAUCACAAUCUAUGUUAACUUACUUUCACUAUUUCUAUCAUGUUAGAUUGUUGCAACAACAAUAACAAUUUAAAGUUUCCUAAUAUCUUCAUUCAUUCAUUAUUAUUGAUCUAUGUAUUGUCCUGUUGUUGCUAUAACUAUUAGAUGAUAGUGUUCAAUAAUAGAUGAUGAUGAUGAUGAUGAUGAUAUACAUUCCAUUAUCUUUAAUAUUUUCACAUUUUUUUUUUGUAUUGAAUAUUCUUUUUAUUGUUAUUACUUGAUAUCUAUUAUCAAAUGAGUACUUUGAGUUGAAUAGUUUGAUCGUAGAGAGCUUUCAACGUUCUUCUGAACAAUAUCACUCAGUACAAACUUCAAAUAGAAGUGAAUUAUUUUGAAAUUUGUGCUAAUUAAUGUUGUUCAGAAGAACGACAACUAAACUAUUCAGUUCAAAGAACAAAACUUUAUCAAUAUCAUCUACUUGAACUACAAAUCUUCUUCACUAUUUGAACUAUUUCAUAGCAUUUAUUUACUUACUUUGAAUAGUUAUUACAUAGAGUUUCAUUAAUGCUUAGUACAAAUAAGUGACGCAACUCUCUCUCUCUCUUUUGUGUGUGUGUAUGUGUGUAAUGUCUAUUCAUCAAUAGUUCUUUUCAUUGUAUAUUGACAAAUAUCAAUAGUCUAUUCAUAAUUAGUAGUAUAUUAUUAAGUGUUCUAAUCCUAUUGAUUCCUAUUAUCAUUAUUGGUAUGAAAAAAAUAACUUUGUGUAUCUUUCUUUUUUUGUUUUUUUUUUAAUACUAAAAUGUAAGUAUCCGCUUUGUGAUCGAUCAAUGGAUUGAUCUCCCUGUUUUGUUCCAUGAACCCAAUCGAUUCUUUUUGUUUUUGUCUAUACAUAUUUAUAUGUAUAUGUAUAUGUACACUGAUCCAUUUGAAUGGUUCUUUUGCCAUUUGGAUCAUAUUUAUUUAUUUUUUUCUUUUUUUUCUGAUUAAUUGAUUUGAUUUACUCUUUAAUUGUUGAGUAAUUUUGCUCUUGUGUGUGUGUGUGUGUAAGUAAGUAAGUGUGUUACCUUGUCAAUUUGUGGUGUUUUUUUUUGCCAUUCAAAAAAGAAAAGAUAAUGAAUGGUAAUUGAAUAAAAAUGCUUUGAGUUCUUUUU